AAUGAUGGCGUCAAAGCGGCUCGGACGCAUGACGUCAGCCGGUUUGAUCUACGUGCGCCAUUGUCUGUUGGUGUUUGCAUGGAUGACGAUCGUGCUGCAGUAUCCCGGUGCAGAUUGUCAAGAUCUCAACACACCGCCGGUAAUAGUGGUGGAUCGUCACUGGCGGAUACCGGAAAACACCACCGUUGGCACGCUUAUAACACGCGUCAAGGCGGAAGACAACGAGGACGAUAAGCUGGAGUUUGGGCUGGACGCACUGGUCGCCGGUCAGGAGCAACCGUUCGAGAUCGAUCCACACACUGGGUUCGUGUAUCUGAACAGAAGCGUCGAAGGUCGUGCCGGGCAGAACUUUUUCGUCUAUGUCACGGUCAGUGAUGGAAGUGUAACUUCCAAGAACGAGAUUUACGUAAACAUCCUGAGCAAGAACGCAACCGGUGUGUACAGAAACCGUGGGUCUCAGUUUACGCCCAGUAUCGACAAUAUACGGCAGAUAUUGCCACCCGGCAUUAAUUUACCGGGGAUUAGUUCUAGGCCUCAGCUGCCAUUACCACCACUGCCGCCACAGUUCACCAGGAAACCUCCGACUAUUAGUGAGGAUGUGUCUGGUACAACUACCCCUUCGUCGACAUCUACCAAACAGACCAAAACCUAUCCAGAUCGACCGGCCGAUACUGGAAAUGGAACAACGGCGUCUGAGUUCAGUCCGCCAACUGACACAGAUGACACUAGUGCCGGAGUUCCCAACGGAACAAAGUUGUCUCCAAUUCCAAGAGUCAACACAACUGCAACCCAUCCAACGAAUACCGUACCUGCAGGCAGUACCACCACCAAACCGACAGUCAUCACUACGACGGUUCCGGUACACGCACAUCCACACGAAGAAACGAACACCGUGAAAAUAUUGCUUCCCGUCAUCAUUUCCGUCACGAUCAUCUUCGUCACUGCGGGUCUCAUCGCGAUCUGCUUCUUCCGCAAGUAUCUCUGCGCGCUGAGCAAAACGCUGAAAAAGAAGAACAAAAUCGAUAAAGCCAAAAAGUCAAACCAAAGCAACGCCAGUAGCAACAUCACCUCGACUGCUGAGGAUAGCCGUAACUCGAUCGGCCUAAGCCACUGGACUGGACCGAUGGCGUUUAGCAAUCGCUAUACAUCGCCCUGGGAGCGGGACUCGUCUGCCGGUGGCCAUCUGCAGGCUACCUCCCAGCUGUCCGAAGAAUCAAACGGCUCGAUCGUGAAAGAUCGGUGGGAAUUCCCGCGCCACCGGUUGAAGGUGUUCAACAUACUCGGGGAGGGAGCGUUCGGGCAGGUUUGGCGCUGUGAAGCGACCGACAUAGAUGGUCACGAGGGUGUUUCGGUGACGGCAGUGAAGACACUGAAGGAAAACGCUAGCGAGGCGGAACGGAACGAUUUACUGUCGGAGCUGCAAGUGUUGAAAUCACUCGAACCUCACAUCAAUGUGGUACGGUUGCUGGGUUGCUGUACGGAGAAGGAUCCAAUCUUCGUCAUACUGGAGUACGUCAACAUGGGCAAGCUGCAGACAUUCUUGAGAAACUCACGCGUAGAGAAACACUAUGGAAAUACUCACGGAAAAUCGAAGAUCCUUACAUCGGGUGAUCUCACGUCGUUCAUGUUCCAGGUUGCACGUGGCAUGGAUUUUCUCACCUCACGUGGAAUUAUUCACCGCGAUCUCGCUGCCCGUAACAUUCUCAUAACGGAAGAUCACACGUGCAAGGUGGCCGACUUUGGCUUUGCGCGAGACAUCGUCACGUCGAAGGUGUACGAAAGGAAGAGCGAAGGUCGGUUACCGAUCCGCUGGAUGGCUACCGAAUCGCUCUACGACAAUAUCUUCACCGUCAAGUCCGACAUCUGGAGCUUCGGCAUACUGAUGUGGGAGAUCGUCACGUUAGGCUCCACGCCCUAUCCGGGCAUUGCGGCAGCGGACGUGAUGCGCAAGGUGCGUGAUGGAUAUCGGCUCGAGAAGCCGGAACACUGCCGGCGGGAGCUGUACAACAUUAUGUUCUACUGCUGGGCGCACGAUCCAAACGAGCGGCCCGGUUUCCCGGAGGUGGUCGACAUGCUCGACCGGUUGCUACAAACCGAAACGGAUUACAUCGAGUUGGAGCGGUUUCCCGAUCACAACUACUAUAAUAUGCUCAAUAUGAGUGGCGAAAAGCUGUGA